CCACCACUGGUAUCCGAUCACGCAGACCAAACUUGCUGGUCACGCUACUCACCAGUCGGGCUCUUUACCUUCUAGCACUGCUACUGUUGAAUCAAAGAUCUUCCUUACUUCUUUUGCAGGCCACUGUCGCAACUCGCGGCGCUCAGCCACAACUACGUUGAGCGCAUUGGAAAGAAGCAAACGAGCCGAGCGAAAACUGUGUUUGACUCUAUUUGACAAUCAAUGACUAGUAGUUUCUUGUAGUUACUCACCCGAGCUAGCGUGUGAAACUAGCAACAAUAAUCCGACAAAAACGGGGUUUUAACAAAAGUUAUCGCUUCAAGGAAUUCCGAACGUAUUCUGCGCAUCUAAACGCGCAAACCUCGUUGCAAUCAGCCAGGACAAUACAAGUUCCUUCAACUCGUCUUAUCUGAAAGUGUACAGUGGUCCAAAAAGUUUAUCCAGCUUUGGUGACUUUUCGGUAUCAGAGUAUCGGGAAUUGUUCGAACAGUCGGAAAUCAGUGAGAGGGACACAGGCCAAGAUGAGCUGCGGGAUGCUGAUUACGCAACGUCGUCCUGAUGACGUUGUUGGCGUGGCUGGAAGGGGCGUAGUUAAAGUUGUACAUAGAUGUUCUAAUGCGGCAGAAAAUCAAAAGCUUGACUUGUCGGACUGCUCACUGAUGUCUUUCCCUGAUGCAGUCUACCACCUGCUUAGACAUACCGUCGUUCUUCACUGCAACCUCUCUGAAAAUGUUCUACGCAAAAUUCCUCCGAAGCUGGCGCGCAAAUUCAGCGAAAUUACACAUCUUAACCUGGCGCACAAUAGGUUGGCAAGUUUACCCGAUGAGCUCUCUGAACUUCCUCACCUCGAGUUUUUAGACGUUUCUAGCAACGAUCUUAUGUCCGUGCCGUGGGUUAUCUUCCGCAUGAAACAGCUCCGUAUUCUUAAUCUUGGCGGAAAUCAUAUCGUUGAUAUCGAAACUGAGUUGCUGAGAAAUCUACAUGCUGACUGCGAGAUCCACCUGGAAAAUAAUCCGUUGUCAGAACGAAGCUGUCAAGAUCUCGAGAAACUAGUCCGUAACAAUCGACGGAAAAUCACGUUUUCACCGUUUCGAGAGCUUCCAUUUUGAAAUGACCUUCAACCCCCCCUUCUCGCCGCUUUUGGAAUGAUACAAUGGCAACGAAUGAUAAAAUACGCAUGCAGCAUGUUAAGUCGAUGACAAGUGAACAAACUGUAUGAUUCCAAGGACAUCUUUUGCUUUUCAACAGCGCAAAAAAUGCAAAAUUUGAGACACGGCAUUUUUUUCGAUAAUUUUCAUUCGUUGAAUUCGAUCAUUUUUUUGUCCAGGCCAUUACUUGAAACGGGACGUGGUAUAUAGAUGCGCGAUUAUCCAAAAUCGCUUUGAACAAAGUCAAAAUAUGUGGUCAAAAUUCGAAAAACACUUACUAGAUGAUGACUGUAGACAGGUUCAUGCAUAUCAACUACUAUGAAAAUUAGCACGGCUGUUAAAACAGCGCGUCUAUCAAUGGCAAGUGCUUGAGAAUGCGAAGCAAGCGAGGUUUAAUAUGAUGCCAUCCAAACAGACAGCGCUACUCACCGACAAAACAUGGCGCCAAAAGUGGACACGUGACGCCGAUGUGCAUAAGUUUGACGCUUGCAUCUUGCGGCCUUUGUAUAAACGACAUAUAUUGUAUGUAGUAAUAAUAUUUAUAUCAAUAUGCUGGCUUCCUGUGCAAUAUUAUGCCGUUUGAUAUCCAUAUUUGCCGGCAUAUGAGGCUGCGCUGAAAUGAGAACGUAUAUUUUUAUAUUUUUAUCUACGGGCGUUAGUUCUAAUAAAGCUUCUUCCUAGGAAAAACCUAGGGCGGAAAAUGUGCGCAGAAUGAGAAAACUAUUUAAUUACAGGGACAUUGCAUUACGCAGGCUUAAGAGCACAGGCAGAUGCGAGGUUAGAAGAAGUGUCUGAAAAAAUGCAACCUCACAAGCCAAACGUUAACACGGUGGAGCAGCAGAAUAGGGAUCGCUUGUAAUGGAAGCCAUUUAUUCUAGUGAAAUGGAUAGCAUGCGCCAUUUGAAGUUUGAAGCCAUUUAUUUAACGUUAGCAUAUCAGCGACCAUGAGGAGUAUCAGUCUAAAAGAUAUUAAGAGUGAUCUAUCACAACAUAUUUCGUCUUCUUGGACUGGCUUCAAGAUUUUAAUAACUCACUUAGUUUAUGAUUGUAAUUUACAGGCUUAUUACACCGGGUGCAGAGAGUGUGAAAAAAUUGGAAAGCACUGCCGGCAUGCAGUGGUUUGGUUGUUUCCCUAUCGUGGCAGACGUCU